AUGACUUAUAAGAGGGUCGAUUUUGAUGGGGGCCAAUCCAUGAGAGGAACUGAGCUCUCUGUCGAAGAACUAGAGGCGCAAGGACACGAGGUUCAGGUCUCUUACCUAUACGCUAUGCAAUGGAAGAGCCAAGUCGACCGCGCUGACUUCCCCCAUCUUCCGCCUGACACCCGUCUGAAGGUAGCAUAUGCCUCGGCGGAGGCGACCGCGUCAAACAGACUCACGGACGACGUGAAGCGCGAACAAGAGAAGCUGUUGUGGGCAGAUACUGUUAUUUUUCAAUUCCCAAUGUGGUGGAUGGGUAGGCCUGCAAUUCUCAAAGGCUGGUUUGACAGAGUCUAUUCCUUAGGUUUCGCAUAUGGCCUGGGCGAGUACAACGACUCGAGAUGGGGUGACAGAUAUGUAGAAGGGAAAAUACAAGGGAAGAAAGCUUUUCUUGUGGUAACUGCUGGGAGCUGGAGAGAGCAUUUCUCUGCCCGCGGCAUCAGUGGUCCGAUCGACGAUUUGCUUUUCCCAAUAAACCAUGGCUUGUUGGAUUACACUGGUUUCGAAGUGCUCCCUCAAUUCAUGGCUUACCAGUUGGAUCGAGCGGAUGACUUGGUCUUCAGGUCAGUAGUCGAUGAACUGCGACAGAGGCUGCGAACCAUAUCUACUACUAGACCUAUCGGGUAUCGCCGACAAAACGGAGGAGAUUACGAGAUACCGACUUUAACCCUCAAACCAGAGCUAGGAGCUGCUUCGGGUUCGGGGUUUUCAUUGCACAGCGUCGAAUGA